UAGAGAGAAAACAACUCAGGAUGGGGUCUGGUCUCUGCUUGAAGAUCUUCUUGCUUUGCAGUGCUUGGAUAGUUACGGAUGGCACGUCCACCACCGAGGUGACGGGCUCCGAGGGCGGGAGUGUCCACAUCACGUGUGAAUACAACAAGCGCUACAGCAACAACACCAAGUACUUCUGCAAGGGCACGCCCCCUUUCUGUGAGGAUAUGGUUCGCACUGAUGCCACACACAAGCUGGUCAUACAGGGCAGGUACACGCUCGAAGACAAUGGCAGCGAUUCUUUCCAGGUGGACAUCGCACAGCUGAGUAUAGAAGAUGAGGGCAUCUAUCAGUGUGCCGUGGACAUACCAUUUAAAAUUGACCAAUAUGAGGAGGUCUACAUUGAUGUUACCGAUGAAGCCACCAUCUCUCCAACUUUGCUGCCCAACGUCACACUUCAGCAUGAAGGAACUGCAUUUCCAAAGCUGCAGCCAACCAUACAUCCAACAGCCAAUUCCACUACCGAUGGCCUAGAAAAAGUGUCCCCAGGGACAUCAGGACCAAAUUAUACAGCCAAUUCCACUACCGAUGGCCUAGAAAAAGUGUUCCCAGGGACAUCAGGACCAAAAGGAGAACCCAACGAACAUACCCCUAAAUUGGUUGUAGUGUUGUCAGCCAUCGUGGGCCUGACUGUUGUGCUGAUGGUGGCCAUGCUAAUACUCAGCAUUAUAUUGUGUGUGAAGAGGGCUAAGUCAUCAGAUUCAAUUAACCUUCCUGCAGCCAUGGAGACUGCAAGUGUCGGACCAUAAACUCAGAUUUGCAGAGGAUGCUGGUAAUAAUAAUGCAGCAGCAGUUUGGCUGACCAGCAAAACACCAUAACCAGACAAGAGGCAAGAGCUCACUACUAGCAUUAGUGUUUCAAACCAGUAAUGGCUGAAAUUGAUAACUGAAAAAUAAA